UGAAAAAAAACGGUGGGUGUGUGUGUAGAAUUUGUAUAUUUACUUAAAUUGCUUGACUUUUUCUUGGCGUAUUAAAACUUUAGCUUAAUAAUUUAUAAAUAUAAUUUCAUUGUAAAACAAGUUCAAUUUACAGUGUACAGAAAAAUACAGUUCCGCAAUAUAAUAAAGUUAAAGUAAGACUGUGCAUUAUUAAGGAAGGUGACUAACAACUACUCCCAAAGAGGCACGAGGCAACAAAAAAUCACCAAAAAAUAUUUUGCAAAUUAAAAAAAAAAUAAAGAAAUAUUCAUGAAUACAAAUUUGUGUGUGUGUAUUUGAUAAAUUUAUUAAAUCAAUUGUAGAUUAACAACCACUUGCGAAAAAAUUUAAAGGGAAGAAACAGCAAACUAAUAAACAUACCGUCAUCGUAACCAUUGUCUACAUUUAGAAAUAAAAUUUCUAGAAGAUAAAUUUUAGUUUUCAUCAGUUAAGAAAAGUAUAAACUAUCAAGAUGGCAGCUGAAGGUGUCCCACGAACAGAAUUGGAAGAUUUACAAAUGAAAUCUGCACAGGUGGCAGAUGAGUCUUUGGAAAGUACCCGCCGUAUGCUAAAUCUUAUGGAAGAAAGUAAAGAAGCUGGCAUACGCACACUAGUCGCCCUUGACGAUCAAGGUGAACAGCUUGAUCGCAUUGAGGAAGACAUGGAUCGUAUUAAUGCCGACAUGAAAGAGGCUGAAAAGAAUCUAAGUGGCAUGGAGAAAUGUUGUGGAAUUUGUGUGUUGCCCUGGAAAAAGGUCUCUAUUAAGGAUGACGGUGAUAAUGCCUGGAAAAAUAAUGAUGAUGGCAAAAUUGUGAAUAACCAGCCUCAGCGAGUCAUCGAUGAACGAGAACGAGCCGGUAAGGGAGCUCCUCCCCAAUCUGGUUACAUAGCCCGCAUUACAAACGAUGCCCGCGAAGAUGAAAUGGAUGAAAAUUUAGGGCAAGUUAAUUCCAUGUUAGGUAACCUGCGCAACAUGGCCUUAGAUAUGGGCUCGGAAUUGGAGAAUCAAAAUGUACAAAUCGAUCGUAUUAAUGCCAAGGGCGAUGCCAACAAUGAACGUAUGACAGGUGUCAACAAGAGGGCCAACAAUUUACUCAAGAGUUAAAUCAAUUAAUCAUACACAACAAUAACGUCAUCAACAACAACAUCAUCAUCAUAAAUAGCACAACAGAAAUAUAAACAACAACAUCAAACAGGCACAACAACAACAAUAAAGUCAUUAAACAAAGAGAAAAAUAAUUAAAUCAAAAUAUAUGAUGAGCUCAAACUUAAAAGUGAAAUUACUGAAUGAAUCCAGCUUUAAAAGAAUGCACAAUGAAAUACACAAUCAAAUCAAAUGGCACAAAACUUAAAAACCACAGCACACCAUUAACUCAAAUAAAAUAAAAAUACGAGAAGAAAAUAACAACAGGAAUUAACAAAUAGAUAUUAAACAUAAAAAAACCAACUACAAUUUAUGAAUAUCCAAUACUAAAAACUAAAUGGAACCACCAACAACAAAAUACCAACCAUUUACCACCCGACACGGUAACUAUAAACUGUCUUUAACUAUUGUCUGACUUAUAAAAAUGGACUCUACAUAUUCAAAAUUAAGAAAAAAAGAAAAAAAGCAACUAACCUACCGAUUUUUUAUAAAUAUUUAAACAAACAAAUUAAAUAUAUCAUUACUAUUUACAUAAAAAAAUUUUGCUAAAAUUAUAUAUAAUCUAUUACUACAACUAACUAUCACUACUACUACUAUUACUAUUUAUUUAAUAAACAAAUAAUAAACUUAAAUUAAAUUUUAAAAAAAGUUCAAAUUAGAAUUGUUUAAUUUAUGUUUUAUUAUUAUUUGUAUGCAAGAAGGGAAAAUCUCUAUUAAUAUUUUUGUUUAAAUUAAGGUGUUAUUAUUUGUUUAAUUGUAGUAUUAAUUACUGCUAAUCAUUAUGAGUUUGUCAAUUAACUAUAAUUUGAAUUGAAAAUAGUACAGCAAUUUUGGAAUAAAAAAGACAAACAAAUUUAAAAAUUAUCAAAAUACAGUGGAGUCGGGAUAGAGUGAACUAAUUAAUGCAAGGCCUGUUCACUUUAUCCAAUAAAUUCAAUUUAUCGAGACUGAAAAAAUAAUAAAAAAUCAUAAAAUUUUAUGUCAAAAAUGUACAUUUUAUUAUAUUUUUAUAAAGGAACAAAUAAAUCAUUAAUGGUUGCUUGUUUUUUACAUGUACUUUUUGUACUGCUAAAUCAUAAAAUUUGUAAAACUAAGAUAUUUUCAUAAUUUUUAGUAUUGUUCUCAGCACAGUCAAUGGCUUUUUCAAAAAUUUGAACAGCUUGAGUUGCUGCUUUGUACCCUUGAAGCCAGACUGCGCUUCUAGCUCAACUUUUAUAGAAAGAUUUUUUGGGUUUAUAUGGCAAUAAAAAUAGUAGGUUCAAAAAAAGUCAAAAAUCUCAGAAAACCAAAACAGAAAUAACGGUAUUGUAUAAAAAAUGUGUGUAAAAAAAUAAUGAAACUUAGUGUAUGUGGUCUAAAAAUACUAAUGAGAGUCAAAACUGCAUGUAGACAAAAAAUAACAAAUUAAAACUUUUGAUUUUAAUUUUUUUUGCAAAAAAAAAACUAAAGUUCACUCUAUAGAGGUAGGCGAUGUUCACUCUUUAGAGUCUCCAAUGUAAAAAUUUGUGUGUUCAUACUAUCCAGUAGUUCAUAUUAUCGAGUGUUCACUCUAACCCGACUCCACUGUACUAUAUUAAAUGAUAAUAAUAUACAAAAACAAUUGAUUGAUAUACAUAAUUAUAUAUAAAUUUAUCUAACUUAACAAAUACCUUAAAGUAACUGUUUUAAAAAUAUACAAAAUACGUAUUUGUAAUUUGUAUGUAUUUUUUUUUAUUUAUUUUGUAAUUAUUAUGUAUGAACUCUUGUACUUGUGCAUUUCAAUUGAAACUUUUUUGGAACCAAUAUAUUUACACAAAAACCACAAAAUACAUACUAAUUUAAACUUAAACUCCUACACAAACUUUUACUAUUUACAACUUUUCCUAAACUCUAUAAAUGUAAAGAAAUUGUUUGUUAUUUUAUAUGCAAAUGAAGUGUUUUUAAACAAUUUGUAUGAGAAAAGACGAUUGUAGUGUGUCAUAAUUAAUAUUUUGGUUUUUAGAUAGAGUUAUUUAUUUUAUAUUGCAAGAAUAAAUGUUUAUUUCUAAAAUAAAGUUUGGUCUAUGUAUUUUUGAUGAAAGGUUUAAGUAGAUUUUUUUUUUAAAGUUUUGAAAAAAUUAAACACUGCUUAUCAAAGGGAUAUUUACCAAAUGAAACCCUUUAUAUUCAAUCUUUACUAGAUUUAUUUUCUUUACCGGCAGUACGUGGCAGGUUCCAACUGACCAGCAACAUGAAAUUGUGUUUUAUAGAAAAUUCAAAUUGCAGUUAAUUAAUUUAGGAAAUUGUAGGUAAAUAUACAUAAUGGCCGGAUAUAUGAUUUAUAUUUUGAAUUAUUGUUAAUUUUCAAAUCCAUGAAUUUCUCUUAAAAUCUUUUUAGAUGUCUUAGAUCUUCAAACGCACAUUUUUUUUAAUAUUAGACCAAAUUUUUUAUUUAGAAUGAACGCACAUUUUUACAGUUUUUGUUUGUUGAAAAUUUAAAAAUUUUAUAAUACAUAGUUUUAAAAAAAACAAUUUAAAUAAUAAUUAAAACAAAAAAUAAAAUGCAAUACUUAAAACAUUCUAAAUAUAUAACUUAACAUUUUAUUAUGUAUUAAAUAACAACAAAAUUAUAUGUAGUCACAUUUUGUUGCUAAAUUUGAUUGAUUGAAAUUAUAUUGAAAUUAUUUAUUUAAUUAAUUAUUAUGUUUUAGAUUAAAGGCAAGUGCUAACUAAAUUAGCUAAAAAAUAUACUUGUUUAAUACAAUGCCCCAAUUAUGUGUGAAAAACACCACCCCCAGUAAACUUAAAUUUAGAGUUUUUAACACUCAAUAGUUUAUUAUUAAAUUUAUAUAAAAAAAAAAUAAAUCAAGCUAUAUAUUUCAUUUGUGUUAAAUUUAUAGAAAUUAAAAUAUUUAUUGCUAAUUAAAAUAAUUUUAUUAAUAAAUUUAAAUGAACAUAUACAAACUUAAACACGUUUAUUAAAAGUAGCAUUAUUUAUACAAAAAUUACAUACAAAACAUACAUAUUUACCCCUCAUUCAUAAUAUUGUAAUCAAAAUUAUAAAAAUACAAAAAGAAAAAAAAUCUAUAAAAAAUACAAUAAUAUAAAGUGGUUUUAUUUAUUACAAUGCA